GGGGGAGGGUGGACGCCUCAUCGCGGAGAAGGACAAGGAGAGGGCGUGAAGCUGAAGCGGUUUACCUGUCAUCCCCUCCGCCCCCCCGGGGCCGCCGUGGACGAGAGAGCCGCCGCCGCCGCCAUGGCCGCGCUGUCUGCGCGCCGGGUCGUCCUGGUAACGGGCGCCAACAGUGGUAUUGGACUGGCUCUUUGUGAUCGCAUUCUGUCUGAGGAUGACCAGAUCCACCUGUGUAUGGCAUGUCGAAAUAUGCAGAAAGCUGAGGCUGCCAAGUCUGAACUCCUGCUGUCUCAUCCGGGGGCUGACAUUAACCUCCUGAAACUGGAUGUAGGAAAUGUUGACUCAGUGAUCAAAGGAGCAAAGGAGAUAAGGCAAAGGUAUCAACAUUUAGAUUAUCUCUAUCUAAAUGCUGGGAUUAUGCCAAAUCCUCGUUUCAAUUUGAAAGCCUUUCUAAAUGGUUUAUUUUCCAGGAAAAUAUUUAGUAUGUUUGCAACUGCGGAUGGAUUGCUAACCCAGGAAGAUUGGCUUAGUGAUGACGGACUACAACAGGUCUUCAUGACAAAUGUCUUUGGGCAUUUUUUACUUAUACGAAACUUGGAAGCUCUGUUUAGUCGAUCUGGCUGUACAUCACAAGUUAUUUGGACAUCUUCUAGUAAUGCAAGCAAAUCCACCUUCAGUUUAACUGACUACCAGCAUAGCCAAGGCCAGGAAUCUUACAGUUCAUCCAAAUAUGCAACUGAUCUUUUGAGUGUAUGCUUGAACAAGCACUACAAUAACAAGGGCCUGUUUUCCAGUGUGGUGUGCCCGGGAUUUGUAUUGACCAAUUUGACCUUCAACAUCUUUCCACCCAUUUUCUGGACAAUUAUUACCCCCAUUAUGUGGCUGAUACGUAUAUUCACAAAUUCAUUUACGUUGAGCCCUUACAAUGGAACAGAAGCCAUGGUUUGGUUGUUCACACAGAAGCCAGAGUCAUUGGAUCCAAUGGUGAAGUACCACAGCUGCACAUCUGGAGUGGGAAAUAAUUAUGUGGCCACAUACAAGAUGGACAUUGAUAUUGAAACGGCUGAAGUAUUUUAUCAAGAAAUUUUAACGCUUGAAAACAAGAUGACAACAAAAAGUCAAAUAACUGGGGACAACAGCUAGUAUAUUGCCAUGAUAAUAAUGCUGCAUGUAGCAGUUCCUAAUGCGGGCAUAUGAAAAUAGUUGUGAAAAUGUGAGUUGUAUGUACGGUACCUUUUAAAAGUAUCCUUCAGGAAUUGCAAAACUAUAUUGUCCUCUGUUGCCUUUAUACUUUUAUUUUUCCAGGUUUAAUUAUCCAAAUUUGUUCCUGGGAUUGAUCAGGAAAUUUAGCAAGAAUAAGUACCUGGGAACGGGACUUUGUUCUUCAUUUGAAAACAAUGCUCACAGUGAUCUGAAAACAAAUGUCUACUUAACAAUGGGCAAAAUCCGUAACAGUUCCCAGCAGUGUUCUUUUUGUACACAAAAAAGGUGCUGGAAUGUCAAUUAAUAAAUAUACACCUCGUAGCUAGAAAAUAAAAUAA